AUGACUGACGAAACUCCCAUCUUGCCCUCAGGAAUUCCCUCCGAACAGGUUCAUGCUGGAGUUUCUUCUUCUUCAACUACUCAUGGUGUUGCGACUACCUCAAUUCUUGAGAAUUACUCCAAUCCGUAUUAUCUUCAUCACUCGGAUAAUACUAGUCUUGUCCUCGUUUCUGAUCUGCUGAACGAGAACAAUUAUACUUCAUGGAGUCGUUCCAUGAUUAUCGCACUCACCGUGAAGAACAAAAUCGGGUUUGUUGAUGGAUCGAUUUCUCGUCCAUCUGGUGCUCAAAUUAAUUCGUGGAAGAUCUGCAAUAAUGUGGUCAUUGCUUGGCUUCUAAAUUCUCUGUCUAAAGAGAUUUCGGCGAGCGUUUUGUUUUCCGAUUCUGCUAGGGAUAUCUGGCUUGAUCUUCAAGAACGCUACCAACGCAAAAAUCGACCUCGUAUUUUUCAAUUGCGCCGUGAAUUAUCCAACCUCUCUCAAGAUCAGUUGUCUCUGAGCGCCUAUUACACGAAAACAAUUUAA